AUGGCCGUCCUAACGUUCAAAGAGAGCGCCGCUUCCAACUUUCCACCCAACAUCGUUCGCAAUCAAAAGUACAAUGUCGUCACUUUCCUGCCGAUUGUCUUUUACGAGCAGUUCAAGUUCUUCUUCAACUUCUACUUUCUCGUGGUAGCUCUCUCACAAUUCAUCCCUGCCCUGAAGAUUGGUGAGUCUCAAAUCAGUGCAUUCACUAACGCUGCAGGCUACAUCGUGACUUAUGUCGCACCUCUGGCCUUUGUACUGGCGGUCACGAUGGGCAAGGAAGCUUAUGACGACUAUUGUCGCUAUCUUCGGGACCGAGAAGCAAAUUCAACACGGUACUUGGUCCUAUUGCCACAUGCCGAGGUCAUGUCGAUGUCGCCAGCCCUUCAGGCUCAGACGCGGUCUACCCCCUCGUCUUCCAUCAAAGUCGGAGACUUGGUCCUUCUGGAGAAGAAUCAAAGAGUGCCUGCCGAUAUGGUUCUCUUGACCACGAGUGAAGAGGAAGGCACAUGCUUCAUUAGAACAGACCAACUCGACGGUGAAACCGACUGGAAGCUCAAAGUGGCUGUAGCUGAGACCCAAGCUCUUGGGGAAGCCAACGUGGGGACUAUCGAAGGAGUACUUCACGCCGAUGUGCCGAUCAAGGAUAUCCACACAUUUCAAGGCAGUCUUACACUUCGCUCUACUGGCCCCGGUAGUCAAACCGAAACCAAGAUUCCAUUAUCGGUGGAGAACGUGCUCUGGGCGGACACCGUACUGGCGGCGGGGUCUGCCGUAGGUCUUGUGGUGUACACGGGUCGUGACACGCGAGCCGUCUUGAAUACAAGUGAACCAGAAACCAAGAUGGGCACCUUGGAGUGGGAGGUUAACAAGAUGGCCAAGAUCCUCUGCGCUGUGACUUUUGCGCUGUCAAUCUUUCUCGUUGCCCUCAAUGGCUUCCGAGGCGAGUGGUACAUCUACGUCUUCCGCUUUUUGAUCUUGUUUUCCUCGAUCAUUCCCAUCAGCCUGCGAGUAAACCUGGACAUGGGCAAAACCUUUUACUCGCACCAGAUCCAAAACGACCGAGAAAUUCCGGGGACCAUUGUCCGUACGAGCACGCUACCAGAGGAGCUAGGACGGGUCGAGUACUUGUUGACCGACAAGACAGGUACUCUGACUCGAAACGAGAUGGAGCUGAAAAAGCUACACAUGGGCACAGUAGUGUUCGCGUGGGACUCCAUGGACGAGGUUGCCCACUUGUUGUCGCAAGCAUUUGGUGAAGACUUCAAUCGCAAGCAGUCGUCGGUCGGUCCUGGAGCUGGUCCUCGAGGACGGCGCGACAUAUCGGUCCGAGUCAAGGAUGCCGUCAUGGCACUGGCCACUUGUCACAACGUCACGCCAGUAACGAAUGACGACGGAACAGUCACGUACCAGGCUUCCUCUCCGGAUGAAGUUGCCAUCGUAGAAUGGACAGAGUCUGUCGGUCUGACGCUUGUUUCCCGCGAUCGGAACAGUAUGACUGUGCGCUCUCGCAGCGGUGAGACUGUGUCCUUUGACAUUCUGGCUCUGUUUCCCUUCACCUCAGAGUCCAAGCGUAUGGGUAUCAUCAUCAAGGACCGCGAUACUGGGGCUACCACCUUCGUCCAGAAAGGGGCGGACGUGGUAAUGUCCCAGAUCGUUCAGAAGAAUGACUGGCUCGACGAGGAGUGUGGGAACAUGGCUAGGGAGGGCUUGCGAACGCUGGUUGUAGGGCGUAAGCGUCUUAGUGAGGAUGCGCUCAACGCGUUCGAGUCCCGCUAUAAAGCUGCUCAGCUGAUAGUGGGUGAAGAACGAACCGACGCCAUGCAGGCAGCCAUCAGCGAAUACCUGGAAGUGGACUUGGAGCUGCUCGCUCUGACUGGAGUGGAGGACAAGCUUCAGGAGGACGUCAAGUCAACGCUCGAACUUUUACGGAAUGCGGGUCUGAAGAUCUGGAUGUUGACCGGUGACAAGAUUGAAACCGCUACCAACAUUGCUGUAUCGAGCAAACUGGUUUCCCGAAACCAGUACAUUCAUCAGGUCUCAAAGCGUAAGCAGAUGCCUUUUGCACGUGCUAAUAUCGCAGUACAGACUCCGGAUCAGGUCAGAGAUAUGCUGGACUUUGUCCAUGCCAAGCCCGAUUGCUGCUUGGUGAUCGACGGCGGAUCGUUGCAGGUGAGGUUUCCGACUACUAUUAUUGACCUAGAGAUGUGCCUCGACGAGUUCCGGACCGAGUUUGUCGCCCUGGCAACCCAACUGCCGGCGGUUGUGGCAUGCCGGUGUUCCCCUACGCAGAAGGCUGAUGUGGCCCGUCUUAUCCGCGAUUUCAGUCAGAAGACCGUCUGUUGCAUUGGAGACGGAGGCAAUGAUGUCAGCAUGAUCCAAGCUGCGAACGUCGCGAAGCUUUCUCAGUUUGUGAUUCACCGCGGACUUAUCAUCUCGGUGAUCCAGGCCGUCUUCAGUUCCAUCUUUUACUUUGCUCGCUGGCUGCAGGUCGGCUAUGCAACGCUGUAUACCAUGGCGCCAGUCUUCUCACUUGUUCUCGAUCGUGAUGUCACCGAGGAUCUGGCACUCCUCUACCCGGAACUCUACAAGGAACUCACCAAGGUCAGGCGCCCACACAGUGCUUACUCUGACGUCCUAGGUGGAAUUAUCAUGCUCUUGUCUCUCUUUCUUUUCGAAUCAGAAUUUUUGCACAUCGUUGCAAUCUCCUUCACGGCCCUCGUCAUCAACGAGUUGAUCAUGGUGGCGCUGGAGAUCACAACGUGGCAUACAUACAUGGUCCUCAGCGAGCUUGGGACGGCUGUCGUAUACUUUGGCUCGAUGGCUGUCCUGCCCGAGUACUUCGGUAAGAGGUCGUGCAGAGUCAAGCUUACCACAGACUUGCGUUUUGUGCUCUCCGCAGCUUUCGCAUACAAGGUAGCGAUCAUUGUGGCCAUCUCCAGCUUCCCGCUGUACGUUAUCAAAGCAAUCCAUCAAAGAUUCAACCCCGCGGCGUACGCCAAGGUUUCAGAGCUAUAG